CCGAUUUUCCCCACGCGGCCGGCGUCGAUGCAUCGUCAACGUCGCCGACGCAUCCCCGACGCAUCGCCGAUGCAUCGGCCAUGCGGCACGAUCCUCCGACCCCAUCUACCCGGAACCCAUGGAGGACGCGUCUCUUGAAGUACCUGCCCCACGCGGGCAUCGGGCUGGACGUAUAUUGCACGAGCAAGGGAUAGACGGAGACCGAUGGUUCGCACCACGCGGCGGUGGAUUUCUGCGCCGCAUCUGGGACAAGGUCUAGGACAUGGGCGACCAUGGCGCUGUCACCUACCACGGUCAAGGGCUACUCCAGGGACUACAUGGGCGAAUGGCAUGCGAACGGACCCUGCCUGCAUGUUGGCAAGUGCCACGCCGAUGUGGUAGCCGAGACCCCCGCUGGCGCUCCACCCUUGGAGCGAGGCGGACUCGCUCCGCUCCGGGCAGUCCUGCGACGUGGCGCAGCACGCGGCCAAAUACCCGGCGGAGGUUAUCUUUGGCGACCGUCGACGGUGCCACAGCUACAGUCAGCCCGCACAGCAAGGAUGGGCAUCGGGGGCCGCGCCCGGGAGAGCCGGUGCCAGGACUUCCCCCAGGCGCGAGCUCGUGGGCCGUUCGGCGAGACCGCGUUCGGCCUGCGGCACAGCGGCGUGCACACCGUGUCCGGCGAGGAGGAGGUGAACGCGGCCAGCGUCACCGAGGUCGUCGUUCUCGCCUUCGGGGCGCAGCAUGCCUCGCACACCGAGUCGGCCCUUGUGGUCAAUGAUCGAAAGUCUCUGUGGGCAUAGUUAGGCCGUGCGCCAGUUCUGCCGCGAGCACGGCGCAGCCAGACGCACCCGCCGCCCGCUUUGCCUCGUCGU